CUGUCAAACAUGGCGCUGUCCUGUUCGAGUCUGUGUAGUCAACUGUCUUUAAUCCGACACUGUCGUCUCGGUAAAAACAGGAUAACACAUGGUCUUUACUCUCCCUACGUGGUCUGUCAGUUCAGACUGCCCCUGUGUAGACACUACUCAUCGUCCGAAGUCAGACGAGGUUUUGCUCGUUAUGUUGCCUCCAAACUCCAGUGGGCUAAUACCAAAUAUGAAGAUUUCCUUAAAAAGCGAUUUCCCCGCUUUUUUCUGCUCUAUCACACUUUCGUGGAAGGAUUCAAGCUACUGUUCCGAGAUGCCAAAGAUAUCAGGAGGAUAAAAGGAAAAAUGUGGUCUGAUGGAGUAAAGUUCCAGGAUUUGCCUUACAGGGACAUGGAGAAACUCAGACAGUUUCGCAGAGACUUGAUCAAGGCCAUCCCGCUGGUGAUCAUAUCCAUCCCUCCCUUUGCCAACUACCUGGUUUUUGUCUUGAUGUAUUUCUUCCCCCGUCAGCUCCUGAUCCCUCACUUCUGGACUCCCAGCCAGCAGCUGGAGUUUCGGAGAGUGUACCACUCCCUCAGAGCUCGGCACCACUGGCCGGUGCUCAAAGGACUUGAGUGCACGAGUCAGCAGGUCAAAAAUGGUCACUUACAGAGACAACUUAAGGACCUGUGUUCAAAAGUCCAAAGUGGAGCAAACCCCAAAGCGUCUGAAAUCCUUGCUAUCCGAAGCCUGUUUUCUGGACCUCCUUUGGGUAUAAGGAGGAUGAGCGUUGAUCACAUGAGACACAUCAGCCCGCUGCUCUUCUUGACGCCACGGCUCCCCGGCUUCUUGAUUGGCCAGCGGCUAAGCAGCCACGGGCUGGAGUUGCUCCAACUGGACCGGGGCCUCAGCAGACUGGGCGUUCACCAGCUGAAUGACUCUGAACUCAGACAGGCUUGUUAUCUAAGGGGCCUCAAUGCUGAUGUUCUUGGUGUUAACCAGUGUCGUGAAUGGUUGUCCCAGUGGCUACAGGUGUCAAGCUCAUUGAAAGACUCAGAGGUGUCACUGCUUUUGCACAGCAUUGUGUUUCUCUCUGCAAACUACCCAGGUGGUCCCAGCCAUCACUGACAGGAAGCCACAUGCUAUCUGCUGUUGUGAUUAUACUCUCUUACGUGCAAUGAAAAGCAAAACUUUCCAAGAGGUUUUCAACAGCUCCUUUUUGGAAAGGAAACAACAUUUUAAGGGUGUUUUUGGCAAGAAACCAUUUCUAUUCAAAGGAUUUACCACAAAAAAGAAGCCUUUGCAGUUGCAGUUAAUAGCAUUUAAAAACAAGAUGAAUCCAUUGUCAUCUAUUAGACAUUAGUGCUAUACUGGUGAUGUGGAAGUAAUGUCAUGAUUAUCUAUUGCUAUAUGUGAACCUUGUUUGCAUGUGUGAACUGAUACAUGUUAUUACACUGUUUAAGUUCAGCAGUUCUUUUUGUUUGGUGAUAUGCUCAGACACAUUCCAUUUAAAAGAAUUACAUUAAGAUGGGCAUGUUUGUUUUUACAUUUCACAUCAAACAUGUCCUGUGUUCUUUCAUGCCAGUACCUCACUUUGUGUUUUUUUUUUUUAUAUACUUUGAAUAUUGUUUACCAUGAUCAAGGUUGUGGGUAACAGGACUUGUGGUGGGUAAUGUGGAGAUGAAGAGGCGUUAUAACUUGGUUGACGUCAAACAGCAGUAGACAAUAUGAAAGUCCCUGAGAGUAACUAUGUAAAGAAAAAGCCCACUGGUGGCCCAGCUGUAAAGUCAUUGAAGCUUGCUUGUGUGAUGAGAUGCUGAACGUCUUGCACGUUCUCAAAGUUUUUGGUUUGUGGCACAGCACACAUUUCUGACAAGAUAUCACUUUAUUGUUUACCUUCUUAUUUUUUUGAAAGGCUGGAAUGACAUUAACUUAAGUGCAAAAUUUGUUGUAAGCCCUUCGCCUGCUUUCUGGUUACUCCUACGAAGAGGAAAUUCCUGUUGUAUCUGCUGGUGACUUGUGUAAGUGUAAAACUGAACAUGUCAUCGCUUCCUGUGCCUUUUGCAAGAGCACACAGAGUUUAUCUGAAAUAGAAGAUGCAAAAAUUAUGUUGUGUUUUUUAAGAUUUUUUUUUAUUACUUGCUCUGCAAAUGUUCAGUGUUGUGUUGUGCCAAUAUUAUAUACAAUAUCUUGGAAAUGUGUCUGAAAUAAAAAUCUUAAAGGUG